AUGAUGACAGACGUAGAAAUUCCAACAUCAAUUUACGAUAUUACGGUAAAAGAUCUUCAUAGUAAUGAUGUGAAAUUGGAUAAAUAUCGAGGAAAGUGCAUGUUAAUUGUUAAUAUAGCAUCAGAAUGUAAAUUAAUGAAAGAAAAUUUUGCGAGACUUCGGGCUUUGAAAAAAAAGUUUUCCAAUGAUCUCGCAAUUUUAUUCUUUCCAUCGAAUCAGUUUAUGGGAAUGCCUCAAAAGGAUUCAUCAGAAAUCAUUGGUUUUUUGGAUCGGGAAAAUGUGGAUUUUGCUGAAACAUUUGCAAUGGUUUGUGUGAAUGGAACAGAGGCGGACGGUCUUUUCAAAUAUCUUAAACGAGAACGACCUGGUAUAAUUUCUUGGAAUUAUCACAAGUUUCUCGUUAGUAAAAGUGGACAGAAGGUUGAACGCUUCAGUCAUAGAAAUUUAUUCUUGUAUAUGGAAAAUGAAAUUAAACAAUGCAUGUAA